GACAAGGAGACAAUCAUUUCGUACAGUAUUCAGUCCCUGGUGUUCUUUGUUUUGGUUUCACUUCCAUUUUUCAUCUCUCUCCAACCCUUCCCUCCUUGCGUGUGGCGGGAACUCACUUUCCCUUCUCCCUCUCUCUCUACCUCGUUCACUUCAACAAACCCAUUCACCUCGCAAUGUACAAGCUAGCCACUAGAAACGUCGCCGCUUUCUUGUCUCGUUGGCGCUCUCUUGCUCACUACUCUCCUUCUCCGUUUCCCACUUGCAUUUCAUUCGUUCCCUCUCGCGCCCUUCGAAUAAAUAGACAUAUAGAGAAUGUAUCGAGUUAUACAGAUAAGAAGGUUUCAAGGGGGAGUAGUAGGGCCACCAAAAAGCCCAAAGUACCAAAUAAUAUUUUAGAUGAUAAAGACCUUCCUCACAUAUUAUGGUGGAAGGAGAGGUUGCAAAUGUGUAGAAAGUUUUCAACUGUCCAGCUAAUCGAAAGGCUUGAAUAUUCUAAUUUGCUUGGCCUGGAUUCCAACUUGAAAAAUGGAAGUCUGAAGGAAGGAACACUCAACUGGGAAAUGCUGCAAUUCAAGUCAAAAUUUCCACGUCAAGUAUUGCUCUGCAGAGUUGGGGAUUUCUAUGAAGCUUGGGGAAUAGAUGCUUGUAUUCUUGUUGAAUAUGCUGGUUUAAAUCCCUUUGGUGGUCUGCGAUCAGAUAGCAUUCCAAGAGCUGGUUGUCCUGUUAUGAAUCUUCGACAGACUUUAGAUGAUCUGACACAAAAUGGUUAUUCAGUGUGCAUUGUGGAGGAAGUUCAGGGCCCAACACAAGCUCGAUCCCGGAAACGCCGCUUUAUAUCUGGGCAUGCACAUCCUGGAAAUCCUUAUGUAUAUGGACUUGCUGCAGUUGAUCACGAUCUUAACUUUCCAGAACCGAUGCCUGUAGUAGGAAUAUCUCAUUCUGCGAGGGGCUAUUGCAUUAAUAUGGUACUAGAGACCAUGAAGACUUAUUCUUCUGAAGAUUGCUUAACAGAAGAAGCAGUUGUUACAAAGCUUCGUACUUGCCAAUAUCAUCACUUGUUAAUGCAUACAUCUUUGAAGCAGAAUUCUAGUGGCACCUGCAAUUGGGGAGAAUUUGGUGCAGGAGGACUCUUAUGGGGAGAAUGUAGUUCCAGACAUUUUGAGUGGUUUGAUGGUAACCCUGUCUCUGAUCUUUUGGUCAAGGUUAAGGAGCUUUAUGGUCUUGAUCAUGAGGUUACAUUUCGGAACACAACUGUAUCUUCAGGAAAUAGGGCUCGAUCUUUAACUCUUGGAACAUCUACUCAAAUUGGUGCCAUUCCAACAGAAGGAAUACCUUCUUUGUUGAAGGUCUUACUUCCACCAACUUGCAAUGGAUUACCAGUACAGUAUAUAAAGGAUCUUCUUUUGAAUCCUCCUUCAUAUGAGAUUGCAUCCAAAAUCCAAGCAACAUGCAAACUUAUGAGCAGCGUAACAUGCUCAAUUCCAGAAUUUACAUGUGUUUCUUCAGCUAAGCUUGUAAAGCUACUUGAAUGGAGGGAGGUCAAUCAUAUGGAAUUUUGUAGAAUAAAAAAUGUACUUGAUGAAGUUUUGCAGAUGUACAGAACGUGUGAGCUCAAUGAAAUAUUGGAAUAUUUAAUUGAUCCCACAUGGGUGGCGACUGGAUUAGAAAUUGACUUUGAAACCUUGGUUACAGGAUGUGAAGUUGCAUCUAGCAAGAUUGGUGAAAUAAUCUCUCUGGAUGAUGGGAAUGAUCAGAAAAUCAACUCUUUCUCUCUUAUUCCUCGUGAAUUUUUUGAGGAUAUGGAGUCUAAAUGGAAAGGUCGAAUAAAAAGAAUCCACAUAGAUGAUGUAUUUACUGCAGUGGAGAAAGCAGCUGAGGCCUUGCAUAUAGCAGUCACUGAAGAUUUUGUUCCUGUUGUUUCUAGAAUAAAGGCUACUGUAGCCCCACUCGGAGGUCCUAAGGGAGAAAUAUCCUAUGCUCGGGAGCAUGAGGCAGUUUGGUUCAAAGGCAAACGCUUUACACCAAAUUUGUGGGCUGGUACCCCUGGAGAGGAACAAAUUAAACAGCUCAGGCAUGCUUUAGAUUCUAAAGGUAGAAAGGCUGGGGAGGAAUGGUUUACCACACCAAAGGUGGAGGCUGCAUUAACAAGGUACCAUGAAGCAAAUGCCAAGGCUAAAGAAAGAGUUUUGGAAAUUUUAAGGGGACUCGCUGCUGAAUUGCAAUACCAUAUAAACAUCCUUGUCUUUUCAUCUACGUUGCUUGUUAUUGCCAAAGCUUUAUUUGCUCAUGCAAGAAUUAGCCUUCGAAAUGGCACUUUAGAUUUUAGAAUUGUGCAGUGCCAGCUGGACAAAGAUGACGUGUCGAAUCGUUAUUUGUGCUUGACAGAGUCAUUGCUCACCAAGGAUUGUGUUCUUCUGUGCCUUUUCUGGACCGAAUUGCCCCUGGUCAGAGAUACCCUUUUCCCUGCUCCCUCCCCAAAGCAAACCAUUGAUUGGUUUAUGGCCAAAGCUGGUUCCUUUAGCUAA